CUGACCCGUACUACAUCCAAGCAGCCUUGUAUAUCCAGAGAGUACAGAUGUAUGCACUUCGCUGUGCAGCUGAAGAGAACUGCCUUUCCAGGUCUGCGUAUCGUCCGAGUGUGAGUGACCUGGAGUACAGAGUCUUACUGCGCUUCCCACAGAGAGUGAAGAACCAGGGAACUGCAGACUUCCUCCCAAUCAAACCCAGACAUGAGUGGGAAUGGCACAGCUGUCACCAACAUUACCACAGCAUGGAGGCCUUCAGUAACUAUGACCUUCUGGACUUCGCCACUGGACAGAAGGUUGCUGAGGGACACAAAGCCAGCUUCUGUCUGGAGGACACCUCAUGUGACCCGGGGGUUCGGCGACGCUUUGCCUGCACUGCUCACACACAGGGGCUAGGUCCUGGAUGCUAUGAUACAUAUCACGCUAACAUUGACUGCCAGUGGAUCGAUAUCACUGAUGUGUCACCUGGAAAUUACCUUCUCAAGGUGACGGUGAAUCCAUCCCAGCUGGUCCAGGAGUCUGACUUCUCCAACAACGAGGUCAGGUGUGACAUCAGAUACACGGGAAGCUACGUUCAGGCAAGAAACUGCAGGAUUGUCGUGAGCUGACCUGCAGAAGACACAGACAUGUGCUUAAUAACCUUUAGUUGUUCUUAAAGUAAAGCUGCUACUGUUUUGAUGCUGUUUCACUGUUUGCUACUCUGUAAUCUGUGUAUUUAUGAUACACUUCCUGUCACACAUAUUGGCAACCCUGUUAAAAAAGUGUCAAAAGACUCAGAAAUUAGACUUUUAUUGCAGUAGUGUGACCUCACACACCGAGAACUUUAGUAAAAUUCAUCCUUUAAUUUGAGAGCAUUUAUUCAAUUUCCUCUCUCCCCUUUAGUUCCAGAAAGUGCUGAAGAUCUCCUUUACAUUCCUUUACACCAAUCACAAGUGAAGACAUGCCCUACAUACUCUGAUCACUGUAAAUCAAUACGUUAAGCAAUUUAAAAUGCUAUAUAUUACAUUCAUUUUACAGGAAUGACUGUAAAAUGAAUUACCAGUGCCAGUGAGGCACUGGUAAAAUUUGCAAACAAUAAUUUGCAAAUUUGAGUUAAUUGGUAAUCCUGCCCCCUUCUUAAAAAGUGUUCUUGCCCCAACAGCUGGAUUUAUCCUCAUUUUGCUACAGAGAUAAAAGAAGAAUGUAUUUAAAUGUUUUAUGAAUCUAUCCCAGACUUAUCCAUAUGUGUGAAAGAAGCUCUAAAUGAGGUGUUGUACCUAAUGACAGAUAGGCCUAAUAUGGUGCUAUUUAUAUGAACAGGUAUUAGUAUAUAUAAGCAAUGCAAGACAGAAGUUAACUAAUAACUGUAUGCCUGUCUUACAUGCAGAAAAAUGUGUUUCCUAGAUUUACAUAAGUGUCAGCUACGAAGUGAAAGGCCAACUUUGCCUCAUUUCUGUAAUUCAAGUUGCGUUACUUUUUUCCUUUUAUCUAUUUUAAUGUAUUUUAUUGCAAAGUUUGCUCUUUUAUGUUUUGGUUUGAUGUUGUUUGGCACUUUGAUUUCCACUCGUGUUUUGAAAAGAGCUUUUUAAUAAAGUUGAAUUGAGUUUUAAUAGACGUUGCCCAGUCUCUUCCACUGUGAGAUUGAGCUGAUAGAACAAUCUUCUGAAUUUGUUUUCUGUCUUCCACAAGAUGUUUUUCUGGGUUUCUGUUCAAACACAGGGAAGCCAUUCAUGACCAAUUUUGAAGCAGAAUUAUUCCUGCUGAUGAAAACAUGUAAUCACCAAAAACUGAGGAGCGUUUUAAUGUUGGGUGGCUCAUUGCUUGACUUCUCAGAGAAAUAGUUGCAAUUAUUGCACUUUGCAUGUGCGAGCCUGGGAAAUAACAGGAAGAUAAACACCACAUCACACCAGGUGCCUGCUUGUGUGUAUUAGUUGUGCUGCGCUGCAGCGGGUGACUGAUUGGGAAAACAUUCAUCUGGCAAUAGCUCCGUGUCUGUCUCCUGGGAAUGUCUCGGUUUAUUUGCACUUUGUCACCAGGUUUUGGUGGGAUGCUGUUCAGAACCUG